AUGGGGCAAACGGCUUCAAGGACAACGCCGGUAGCUCAACCGAGAUUCUCAAGAGCUCGUCGGACCUCCCGUGCUAUAAAUCAUGAUGAUGUGGCUCAUAGCAUACAAGGCGCAAAUGGAUCCACUAGAAGAAGAAGGAGAUCGAGCAUUUUCCAGAACUUCAUUGAUAAGGCGUCAGAUUUGGGUUUGGCUCCAACAUCAAAAGCCUCCUCUUCCAAGCGAUUCCGCAGACAAUCUCCCCCGGCUGACUCUUUUGUUCUGGCUGGUGAAGCUGCUGUGCCUUCCCGAGACCGUACCCCGAGAUUUCGCGGGGUAGUUGGUGAAGAUGAUUUGUCAGACGUUGCGGAGUCGCAGCCGCUUCUUCCCCGUACUAGUGGCAACAGGCAAGAAAUGCAUUCACAAGGAUAUUUGAGCGAUUCUGAAGUGGCAACCGAGGUUGCGUCUCCCGAAAAUGCUUCUUUUGGUGGGAGGAGUAUCGAAUUGGAUGCAUCCACUGAUGGAGAUUAUGUUUCCGCUACCAGGGCGUCAUUCCGGAGCAUGGCAUCAACGUUUCUGCCAAUGCCCAGCAGGCCACCACCUCCAGCCCCUCCUUCGAGAGAAAGCGCGAUCGAAGAUCAGUUCAGAACGAUACAAGGAUCCCUCGAUGCUUCCCUAUUGACUCAAUUCGAGACGUUGACUGGGCUGUUAGAUGUUGUGACAAUAACCACUCUCAGAAGAUUGGUAAAUUCGGAUAACAGCACGUUUUCCAGACCCCACGAGGAAUUUGAUCUGGAUCGCGAUUGCUAUCGCGGCCAGCGCAUUGACCGCGUUCUGGACUCCACGAGCGAAGAAACCGGUUCCUCUACAGAUGAUGUGGACACCACUGAUAGGACCUUCAGCCAAUUUCUGGUGGGUCUUCGCAGCGAGAAUCUACUGGCAAGGGAACUGGGAAGAACUUUCAUGCAGGUCAAUGAUGAGCAACGCCAACAGUCGGUUCCUGGUUUGCCUGAACCGGCCAGCAGAAACAUGAGCUUUUUCCGGGCGUUCAGGUUCGAUAACACGGAGCUCAUUGGGUUUGCUUCUACCAGCAGAAGAUUUGAGAGGUUGAUACCUGUGCUAAUUGUUGGAGUUGUUGGGGUUCCCUCUGGCGACCGGACUCAACAAACAGACGAAAAUACUGGUGAUGCCGCUGGUUCGCCACAAUCAGCAGCCGCAGCAGCAGCUCCUGAUACUGCUCAAGUUUUUUCGUCCGAAUCUGCAUUUGACACCGUUCUUCCAACGAGUUCGCAGAGAACGUGGAUCGUUAUUGUCAUGGCUCAGUAUUAUCCAUUGAACGAUCCUGCCCUUCAGUCAAUGCCGGAGUUCGUGAACAUCCUCCUUGAGUAUGCGGUUUCCACUGAUUCAGACGGAUUCACAGCAUCCACAGACAACGACAUAUCGCGGGCUCUUCGUGUUCGUCCUGGUCUGCCGCCUUUGAACCGCCAGGUUUCAGAGCUGCCCCCUGAAACUGAGGCAUUCAGAGAGAGUCUCAGAACUCUGUUGGAACGGGUUCGUUGUGUCAAACACCUGACACGGGAGGAACUCGAUAAGGCGAGCGAUUCCGUCUUCAAAGUUCGUUUUGCAAAGGAUGAUACAGUUGCAGAGUUCUCCCCGGAUGAUGAAACCAUGAAGGUAAAGGUUUAUGACGAGGAUGAGAGAUGUCCAAUCUGUUUGACUGAUUAUGUUGAAAAUGAUCUCGGAAGGGCUCUCCCCAAAUGCAAACAUGAGUUUCAUAAAGCCUGCAUAGACGAGUGGCUUUUACAGGGUGAUAAUAGUUGUCCUAUCUGCCGCGGAAAAGGUAUCGAAGUUGGAAUGGUGAUAUGA